CUUAAAGGCUUUAGUGGAUACUCGCACAGCUCUGCCAUUCCUCAACAAGUUCAGCCAAGAGCAGCUUCAUCCAGCAUCACUGCGUCUGAGGCUACUGCUGCUCCUGCUUCUGCUCCAGUGAAACCUGAGGAUCUGGGUUUCCGGCUGUAGCAUCCAUAUCAAAGCAAGCACACUUUGCUCAAGGAGUAAUGGGUGCCCAUGGAUCUAACCUGGAUGAAAUCCUGGCUGAGGACAUGCACCACUGGUACAAUAAGUUUAUGAGGGAAUCACCAUCAGGGCUCAUCACUCUCUUUGAGCUGAAGACCAUGCUACAAAUGCAGGGCAUGACGGAGGAGGCCAGCAGCUACGUGGACCAAGUAUUCUUUACUUUUGACAUGGAUGGGGACGGGUAUAUAGAUUUUGUGGAAUAUAUAGCAGCAGUAAGUCUACUACUGAAAGGCGAAAUCAAUCAGAAACUCAAGUGGUACUUCAAGCUCUUUGAUCAAGAUGGAAACGGCAAGAUUGACAAAGAUGAGAUGGAGACCAUAUUCAAGGCCAUACAGGACAUCACCCGUAGCUACGAAAUCCCUCCAGAGGAGAUUGUCACACUCAUUUACGAGAGGAUUGAUGUCAACAAUGAAGGUGAGCUGACUCUGGAGGAGUUCAUCACUGGGGCUAAAGAACAUCCUGACAUUAUGGAGAUGCUCACCAAGAUGAUGGAUCUAACUCAUGUUUUAGAGAUUAUUGUCAACGGACAGAAGAAGCCUGAGAAAGCCUGACUGUGCUGUGCCACGCAACUGGCAAACACGCUGUUCCCCUCACCAUGUGAACGUCACCGAACUGUGUCCUAUAAUCUUAAAAAUAUCAGUGUUUAAGAAAAAAAAAAAGAGUGCGGGUGAAGAGAGACGUUAAACGGCCCCUGUGACUAUUACAGAUCUUGAGGGAAAGUGAGCAAGGAGCUUCCAAAGAGUGGUUACUUCUCUACACCCGUCCUCUGACUUUGUGCCUCCUGAGUCGAGGGGACUUGCUGUCUCCUCCUCCACCUCUGACAGUUUGAGUUAGUCCUUUAAGUGAACCAACCCCAGGGGUACAAGAGAUGGACUUGGAUUAGUUGGAGACUUCACUGAAAAUGAGAGAUUUCAUAUCAGAGUGGAAAUGAAAUGAGUUAGAGUGGCACCGGAAGGGUCUGAAUUCAGAAACGUUCAGUCUGGUCUCUGUGGAGUCUUACAUGUGGAACAGUAAUCUAGAAAUCAUCAGCUACCAAAUUCAGCCAGAUAAAGCGCAUGAAAUGAAAAAUAAUAAAUGCCCAGUUUUAUCCUAAAGAGUAACAAAUGACAGUUAAACAUCUGAUUACCAUGAUCAACAGUAACAGAUUGUAAUGUUUAUUUUUCCUGCUACACAAAAAUAGGUCACUUUUUGUGUUUUUUUUUUUUCAUAUUAGUUUAUUGUUUUAUAGUUGGGUUAAACAGAACUUUACAAAAACUUGUAUAGGUCUACUGAUCUGUAACUACGAUUUUCCAAAAGUGUUUUUGAAUACUUUGAAAUAUCCCUAAGAACUGCCUUAAAUAAACUUUAAUAUGUACAAUUCACCUCCUGUAUUUAUUCACCUGGCAUAAUAAUUUGAAGUAUGCUGUUGGUAAAACAUAGACAUGUUAAAUCACUACUUCAGGAUAAAUGUUACUAUUUAAUUUUGGCAUUGCAUUUUGUCUGUGUUCUUCUGGAAACUCUCAAAGACAAAAACAAAUGUGCAAAAAGAAAAUAAUGAUUUAAAAUAUAUUUUUUGUUUAAAUAAGAUAUGUUAGUAUACAUAAUAGCAACAAUAUCACUAUAAUUUUAUUAUCUUGUUUUUUUUUUCUGUCAGUUUUACUGGUCCAUUUCUAGGUAAUGAAUAGACCAAUAGAAUUUAUUUUUUAAUUUUUCAAUUCUUAAAAAAACACCAUUCCAGACGUUUAUAGCUCUGAAAAAAAUUAAGAGACCACUUCAGUUUUUGAAUCAGUUUCUCUGAUUUUGUUAUUAAUAGGUAUAUAUUUAAGUAAAAUGAACAUAGUUGUUCAAAUAUAUGAACUACUGACAACAUUUCUAAAUAUUUUCAUUUAGAGCAUUCAUUUGUAGAAAAUGAGAAAUUACUGAAAUAACAAAAAAGAUUCAGAGCUUUCAGACCUCAAAUAAUGCAAAGAAAACAAGUUCAUAUUCAUAAAGUUCAGAGUUCAGAAAUCAAUAUCUGUUGGAAUAACCCUGGUUUUUAAUCACAGUUUUCAUGCAUCUUGGCAUGUUCUCCUCCACCAGUCUUACACACUGCUUUUAGAUGACUUUAUGCCACUACUGGUGCAAAAAUUCAAGCAGUUCAGCUUGGUUUGAUGGCUUUGUGACCAUUUUUAAGUGGUCUCUUAUAUUUGUUUUCCAGAGCUGUAUAUAUAUUAGCCCUUAAACCCUGGCAACAGGGCUCUCUCUUUUUGGAAACUUGGUUCGCCGGUAGGACUGGCAGCAGAUUCUUCCCUACUGUGGAUCAAAUUUGAGGCUAGUUCAGUCCCAAAGUCCUCACUACCAGUUUAAUCUUCCUUCUCAAAUUUUUUUUCGCUAUUUGCAACUUCGGCACUAUGUUCGAGAAAAUAUUCCUAAUUUUGAAUUUAAACCAAAUGAUCAUCCACUAUAUAAUUUUUUUUGUGUGGAUCCCCAGUCUAGACACCUGGUCUCGCAAUUUAUUUCAGUUUUGUCUUCAACUCCUGAUUCCACACAGUACAGAGAGGCUUGGGCCAGGGAGACUAAUAGUCAGAUAACAGAGGAAGUAUGGGAGGAAAGCAUAAAAAGGAUUUCACUAUGUUCAAUAAGUUCACGGUAUAGACUAAUCCAGUUUAAAGUUUUACAUAGACUGCACUAUUCGAGGGUUAAACUGCAUAAGAUUUUUAGUUCAAUAUCCCCACUUUGUGAAAGAUGUAAAUUAGAGGAGGGUACUUUGGCUCACCUGUUUUUAUUUUGUCCUGUUCUGCAAGGCUUUUGGACAAAUGUAUUUAAUUGGCUCUCAAGAGCUCUUAAUGUACAGUUGGACUUUAACCCUAUAACUGCAAUUUCUGGCUACUCUACAUCACUGGAUGCUUUUCCAUAUCCUGUACAACAAGUGGUAAUGGCUGGUAUGGUUGUGGCCAAAAAACUGAUCCUCCUCGACUGGAAAUUGUCCACUGCUCCAUCCUUUAAACGUUGGUUGUCUGAGAUGCUUACAUUCGCCUCAAUGGAACGUUUACGCAGUCAUGGCCAGGGUGCACAACAUCCCAACAAAACCUGGAAACUUGUAAUGGACUAUUUCAAGGGACAGUAAAGUGAGCCGGGCUGUUUUUUUUUUUUCUUCUUCUCUCCUUUCCCUUUGUUUUGUGUGGUUUGUAUGUGUGGUUGUCGGGUUGGGGUUUGUGAUUUAAUUGUUGAUGUUUGUUAUGGAAAAUACAAAAUGAACAAAUAAAAUAUA